AUGGAGCUGUCACAGCAACGAGCUACAAGCUUCAAUCCUAAGGCGGUGCCUUUCAGUCCUACCUUUGCGACUCCGACGGUGGAGAGGCCAAGAAUAGCUGCAUCUACUCCGAUGGCGGCUCCGAGAUCAGUGAGAGGACACUCGGAAGUCUCAUGUUCCGAAGUCUUCGACCCGUUUGUGAGCGAUCAUGAGGCAGAAGGUGAGCGUUUUCGGACAGGCUACUCCCCUCCGCCAAUCCACGUCGAGGAUCUGUUUGACAGAAACAUCCCACUAGAAAUGUUGGUUAAGACACUGAAAGAACGUCCAAUCGACUUUGUGAGACAAGGUGUGGCUCGUAUGCCCAACGAACAUGUUCUCUUCAAACACACGGCGAGUAGGCCUGUAUCGAACUUCCCGCCCUUCGUCUUCCCGCAAAAUCACCCCGUGCCUAUCUACAAUGCAGUCGACAUCGACGAACUGAGUGCCGGCCUGGGUCUCCCUACCAGGAGAAAGAAGACUACUACUAUUGAGUCGUCAGCACGUUCGCACAAGUCCCGCCUGGCUCAAGGUCACCCCGGCGAGCUCUAUGGUAAGCUGAUCGGCAAGGCUCUGGACAAGCCUUUGACAGCUAAUGCCUUAGCCGACUACCUUCGUGCUCAGAACGAAAUCUCGGGUGGCACGACCACGGCUUCUCACACCUCAGAAAAUACUGUCCUAGGAGAGCCAACAUCGUAUCGAGAAAUUUUGAAGCUAGUACGUCCGCCUCCAGGUUUCGAUGCGUUUGUCCAGCCACGUGUGAUCCCGGUCGAAGAGCGUGCACCCGUAACUCCUACACCUAUACAUAUGGAAAACGUGCCCCAAGGUCUAUAUAGCUUUGGACACCGACCUCGCAACGACUCGGGCCAGCACUUUCAGCAUCACUCGCGUCGAUCAUCCGGUCGUCGAAACCGUCCACGCCAUUGGCGAGUGAAGCGCACCGAUCAAGGACCCAUGCCCUCUGACGCCGACAUCUAUCCAGACGAUGCAAACUGGGUUCCCACCAAACCGAUACACCAAGGCUUCUCCCUCUUCUCUGAAAUAGCUCAGCCAGACUUCCAAACCGCAAACUGGCCCACACCCGCUGAGAUGUACAAACCUGCAUCGCCCACCCCUUUUGAAAUGCUCCUCGAAUCCUUCUCGCCACCCACCGCUACUGACGUAUGCGCCGCGGACGGUGAUGUACUUACACUCAUUGACCAACUUCCUGCGCCAUCUAUCGACACGCUCCUCACUCUCGGUAUUAGCGAAGAAGAUGUCUUCUCGCCUGGUCGUGAUCUGCAGUGUGACACGCGACCGCUUACGCCAGGCCAAGUGGAUGGUAGUAGAUAUGGCGUUAAGUUCCAUGGCAUAGGGUAUGGAGAUAUCUGGAUUUGUCCGGAUGCGGAGAUGGGUGAACCGUUCAGGGUCAGGCCAAGGGGUCAUGAGGGGUGGGGAGGUUGGGAUUGGGCGAUCACGAGGGGAUGGGCGAGCAGGCCGUGA